AUGCGCUUCAACGUCUUCGCCCUCUUCUGCAUCUUUGCUAUCCUGGCUGUCGUAGCCCAUGGAGCGUGUGAAGACAGCUUGUGCGAACAAAUCUGCAACAACUUCUGCAAAGUCUUCGGUAAGAGCUGUGGUACUCACCAAUGCGAUGGAGACAGCUGCAGAAUCACAUGCGGUGACGGUGUUCAACAACACGUCUUGGCUAAUGUCAAUGGCCAACAAUUCAACUUUGAUUUGUAA